GCCAAAGGAACGGCCGAUUCUGUCCUUUCUUCUUAAUCCCCUUGGCUUAGGGUUUCCCCGGCCUGGACAGCCUGUCCGAGGGGAAGGCUGCCCAAGGGCACACGGGCAUCCGUCCGGGGACAUUCAGGCAGUGACCAAUCCCUGGCCGCCCUGGCGUGCACCCUGUGCACCCUGGCGUGGGCCUUUUCCCAGCCGGCUGGCGUGGGAGCAGCCACUGUGGGUCCUUGAGUCUUGGUGAGAUGGUGGAGGAUGGACCAGGACGGAGACCAGCGCGCAGCUGUGUCUGUGCGGGACGGAGGAGUGUGGGCCAGGAUGGAAGACAUCUCUGCUGUCCCCUCGGCCAAUCCACAAAAGCAGCCCUCUCCCCCAAACUCCCAGCACCAACCAACCCGGAGACCACCCUGGGCCGGAGCCCAGCACAGCCACCACCGCGUCUUGGCCGUCCAGCUCAGGACAGGUCAGUCCCUAUACAUCUAGGCUGGAGCUAGUCCUUGAAGGGCCUCAGGGUCCAUCUGGGGCAUCGGAGGACCAGUGAGGGCUCCUCUGCGUGCUUGGAGAAGACCACUAGAGCCGGCCAGGGCACCGUCCUAGAGGAAGGUGAUGCCUCCCUUCGGCAACCAUCACCCGAGGAGAGUCCCGGAUUCCGGCUCUGGGCCACAGGGUACCCAGACCCCACCUGCAGACGGCUGCCCUGGCAGGCUCGGGAGCCCCCGGCAUCCUGCCGCGGCCCGGGGUGGAGCUUGCCUCCCACCGCACGCAGGAAAUGUCCUCAAUCCCACUUAACUUUGACCUCUUUCCUCCCAUCCUGACUUCCCAGGAGAUGGAGAGCAGAACCCGGCCCCUCCUGGAGGCUCCUUGAGUCCCAGAAGGGCGCCCUCCUCACAGACGAGCAAGCAAGCCCCCAGCUCCCAUGGGACAAAGGGUUGGCAGGUAACGCCGGUUCAGAUGGACGUCGGGCUGUGCAGAUAUGGUGGCCCAGGGAUGUUGCUGACCUGCUCCCAAGGAGGUCCCAGGAUGGGGGGGCGACGCAGGUAGGUCGGCAGGUGGGCCAGAGGGGGCAGGAGAGCUGGCUAUUUCUCUGGGAAUGGCUGCAGGGAGCGCCACACCCAGGGGCAGCCAGGCCUGCCCUGGGCCCAGGGAAGCCCUCUUGUUUGGAGCCAAGCAGGGCCAUGUCUGGCCGGGGCAAGGAAGUGGCUGCCCCGUCGGGGCCUAAGCUUUGGGUCUGGCACAGAGUGCUGGUUGCUGCGGGAACCACACACAGCUUGGACCUGGAGCCCACCAUGUUGUCGUCCUGGGCAGAUGUGCCAGGCCGCCCCCUUCCUGAGUCACCGUGGGGUCCCCACUGUGGCCUGAGGACCACCCCGGAGCCUCUUCACAGUCCUCAAGGAAGCCCGGUGUGACUGGAUUGGGGGUCCUUGGAAAUGUGGGGAGACUGGGGAUCCAGAAAUAAUCCAGCUACCAGGCCAAGACGGCCAAGGCCUUACUUGAACAGGGCUUCCCAUCCCAAGUCGUCCAGAUCCAGCCUCGCGGGGCCACGGCCGCCCGCCGGGUUCCAGGGGGGUCCAGGAUGCUCUGUCCCCCCGGGGCUCUCCCACCUCUCUCUGCGGCCGGAGUGUGGCUGGCUGGAAGAGGAAGCAAGGCUGGAGGGGUGGGGAGGGGAGGGCACCUCCGCAGGUUCACUCCCCGCUGGGAGUAGGGGAAGGCUAGAGGUGGACAGGAAGGGCUCACAGAGGGAGAAGGUUGGAGAGAAGGGGUCUCAGGGAGGGUGGCAGCCUGGUGGAGAGCACGCACGAGGGAAAAUGGCCGUGCCCCUGGCAUGCGGCGGGUCCUGGCCGGUCGUCCCUCCGGAGGCGUGCCACGGGCUGCCUGGCCAGGCUCUGCUGUGUGUGGAGUUUGUAGAAAGUGCUGACCUGCCGAGCCCAGAAGCCAGGCGUGGAGGGGACAGGAAGGAACUUGCUGCCCACAUAGGCAUUACAUUUCUAGGACACCACAGCCACCAAAUCUGCCAGCUCUGUGCCCGGGGACGGGCUUGCCGGAUCGCUCGGGCUAGGUUGUCAGUGUUUCCGGGGAGAUGGCUGGGCACCCACCCUUGUCUGCUGUCCCUGUCCGGGUCCCUCCCCAUCGCCUCCCCAUGGCUUCCUCCAAAACCCUGGACAGCGGUGUGCCUCUCCCUUGGGAUCAGGACGAGGAGGAAAGCAGAGGGAGCCGUCCGACCCCACGAGCCCCAGGGGCGCCUCCCAGGCACCCCUGCCUGCCGCCCUGCCUUCCCUCUGCUCUCCAGCUCUCAGGAGCCCCACACCCAAGGGAGGAAGGCCGGACCUCUGGGCUAACCAGCUCCCACCAGGCCCCGGACACCAAGGGCCAUGCUGGGCAGUCCUGGGUGGUGCAAGUCUGCAGGGAGGGGUCUCCUAGGAGCUGGGAGAGUGGCCCAGAGGCAAACCCCAAGGGUCUGUCCAGGAAGAGGGGGUUAGUGGGCAGCAGGGAGAGCUCUGUGUGUCCCCAGCUACCCUCUCUGGCCCCGGCUGGUCACUCUCUGAGGGUCACAGACAAGUGAGUGGGCCAUGCCACAAUGUGAGGUCAGUUUCCACAGGGCCAAGCUCAGGGGUCUGUUGGGGGUCCUAAGGGAGGAAAGGAGGAGGGCUUGGGAGGGGUCACGGGCCAGGGGCAGGCCGGGUCAUCCAGAAAUGCUGUGUGUGGCCGAGAGCUGGACCCCAGGGUGACUUCUUCCAGGUGCUACCUUGUGUGGGCCUGGAGAGGUCCCCGGGGGGAAGAGGCCUGGACCCAAGUUUCAAAACCCCCCAGGAAUGUGUGAUGGGAGGCAGGGGGAGGGGCCCUAGGGCAGGAGGAGGACGCAGGACGCAGAGGGGCCGGCCGGGGCCCAGCAGUGUCGGGGACCCAGUCCUUUCUGCCAGGCUGGGGAUGGGCAAAGGGCCACAGAGGCCCACAGGGCUCUGUGGGCUGGAAGGUGGACCAACCCGAGCUUGGGUGGGGGGUCAGACGCUUGGGGGCUAUGCCCCAUCCGUGGUGGGAGUCAAGAAAGGACGUCCACAGGGCACGGGGUGUUCAGAGGGGAGGCGGGGCGGAUCCUGCACGGACAAGGAUAUACACCUGGGCCUGGCUGACGCGGAACCGAGCCAGCAGCACUCUGAGCCCGACCGCCCUUGGGGUGUAGGGUCCUGGGCUGGGGAGCUAGGGCAGCAGCGGCCGGGGGGCACAGCUCUGCCAGUGUGGGUGGGGCAGGGGUGAGCAGAGCCGGCGCGCAACCCCCUGGUGGGCCGCCCCGCCCCCACCUCCGGCCCACUGCUGCCCGCCCCGGGCUUCUGGAUUCCAUCACGUGCCACAGCAAUCUGGCUGAGACAUAAUGAGGCAGGCCGGGGUCAGCGGGGUGACCUCUCGUGGCCCCAAUGUUUGGAAAUCCCCAAAUCAAAAUGACCCGACAGACGAGCCCGACACUGGGCUUUCCGUGCAGGCUCCUUCAAUUACCCAGCAGUGGGGGCGGGCGCGACCAGGCCCCUUAGAUGACUGUCUCCCCCCAGACGGACGUGCUGUGAGGCCCCGGAACCGCCUGGGGCCCCAGGGUAGCCCAUGCCCGAGGAUCCUUGAGGCUCCCUCAUCCUGGGGCAGAGCUGAGCUCACUCCAGCAGACGUGAGCGGGGCUGGCACCAGACAAGGAAUGGUGUAGGGCCGAGUCCCAGACACAGAAGGACCCCAUGUCCGUGCCGAGUUGCUAACUCGCGUUUGGGGAAGGGGUGCAGGCCACACAGUGUGUCCUCCCCCUCUUGGGUUCAGCCUCACGGGAGCAGCCCCAACAUCCUCGUCCCUCCCCGCCAGGUGUUAUUUGGAAAAACAAAAACAAAAACACAAAAAAAACUUUUCAAAUUACAUGCUGAAAACUUGAGCAUGAAAAUUUAAUGUCAGAAACCCAUAAUCUCUUUCCCAGAGAUAAGACACAGCCCCAGGAGGAGCGGAGAACCAGAUCCCUCCGGCCCAGGGAGUGGCCACCGGCGGGGGAGGUGGCCAAAGCACAGGAGCCCAGGCUGGGGCUCCCUCCACAGUGGGCGACCUGGAACUCCCCGGAAAUGCCUGUCUCUGGCCCUCCCUUGGGGUGGACGGGCCUCUCUGGCAUUGGGACCUGACAUUUCUGCAGCUGGGGUGGCUCAGGUGUCCCCGUGAUGCCGUGGCUUCUCCCUCAGACCCUAAUAUAGGCCUCAAGGCUCCUGGCCUGCAUGGCAGCGCGGCUCAGGUUGCCAACAGCUGACAUGGGAAGGGCAGCUUGGUCAUGGCCGCACACGACCUCUCCCAGCCGUGUCCCUCUCCCUCCGGGCCAGCAGCGCCGCUCUUCGGGAAGAUGGUGCAGGCACGUUUGUGCUUCCAGGCCGGUGUCCUGGGGGGCUCACCGCCUCCCACUGCCCCAGACCCUGCCCUGCUUCCAGAUCAGCUCUCAGCCCUCCAGCGGCCAAACCUGGGAGUGGGCUUUGGGCAUUGCCAAGUGCGCGGCUCGGCCCCCGGCGCCUGUAUCGGCUCAGGGUUGGGGGAAGGUGAACAAAGUGUGCUUGCCUGGUUUCCUCCAGUGAUGCAGAUGGAACGUUCCUCAGGGGUCCCCAACAAUCCCCACGGGAGCAAAGGCUCGGCCUCAGCUCUCAGAGAACAGCCAGACCCCGGGCCCCAGGCCUCCCCUGCCCCCCGAGCAGCAGCCCCGCACAGGCCGGGCAGGCAACUCUGGAAUGGGGGUGCCCCUUGGCUGCAUGGGGGCCAGACCCCAAGUGCUAGGACUGCAUUCCAGGGCAGGGAGUGGUUAGAGGCACCUGGGAUGCAUGGGCCUGGCGUGGGGGCAGGGUCCCCCAGGCUACAGGCCACCAGUGGACUGCCCUCUCUCAGCAUGUGACACUACUGCCCUCGUCAGGCAGCUGUCCCCGCGGCUCUGUCCCAGUGACCCUCCCCAGCCCCACUCCACAGGAUCCUGGGAUCCUAACAUGCCGAGGCGUGGGGGAGCUGGGGCAGGGUCCCCAGGUCCCCCCACCUCUUAAUGGAAGGAGAUCCGGACUGGGGGCCAUUUGUCCUGUGAACUGAUGGCCCAAGGGCCCCCAGAUCUGGGGUUUCCAGUGGCCUGAGCCCCACUCUUGACAAACCCCAUGCUGGGGGACCCUGAACCCCGGGGGUUCCUGGUCACAUCAGUCCAGAUCCCACCCCUCCUGAGGUGUGCUGGCGUGGGGCCAGACGGCACAGGGGCAGAACAGGGGCACCCAGGUCCCCAGGCACGGCCGGAGCCAAGCCAGCCCACGAGCCUCUUCUCCCAAACUUGGCGGUGUCUCUGAAGCCGUCCCACCCCCUCGGGGGGGAUGACCAGGAGUCAGGGGGCCCCUCUGUUGUGGGCUGUUUGCCGGCCCCUCCCGGCGUUGCCGUGGCGAUGACAUGGGGUGCGGCCCAGAGCCAUACCUCAGAGGUGACUAAGUGCGCCGUGCCGCGGUUAUAGCGCCCAGCGCCCUCCAGGACCUCUCCCACCUUGGCCCCCAGCCCCCGGCCCCCGGCCCCCAGCCCUCGGCCCCCGGCCCCCAGCAAGAAUGUUCCAUGAGCCCUGCGGGCAAGCAUGUGGCCCGGCAUGCCAGGCCGAGAGCGCCCGGCCGGCGCCUGCUCCCCUCCCGCCCGGCCGUCCUGCCGUCUGGGCUCUCUUCCCCGCGGCGGUCAGGGCCUGGCUUCCUGGUGCGAGAGGCUUCCUGCAUUUCUAUCUGGUCCAUGCAUACGGACCCUUGGUGGCCACGGGCGCUCUUCCUGCCCCGCACCCCAGCCGCCCUGCACAGCACUCCACACUCGGUGGGUCCCCCGCCAUCUCUGACCCCCAGUUCUGGGGCGGCGGUGGAAGGACCCCAGAGCAGGGAGAAUAAUGCAGCAGAAAGGAGCCCGUGUCAGGACCUGGGGCUGGGGCCGCCUGGCACUGGGGUCUUGGGGUUACCAGAGGGUCCCCUUCCCACCCUCCUGCUCCUGGGGGCUCCAGAGAGCCCCGGCCAGCAGCCCCAGGGAAAGGCCGAGGUCAGGGGGCUCAGAAAAGGCCACUUGGGCAGGGGCCGUGUUGAGCGAUGGGGACAGCUGUGCCCCGCCUCCCGAAGCUAUUCCCGUCUUAGCGGGAGUCAGGGAGGGUGGCUCUCGGGCUUUCCGGCAUCCAGGCGGGCAACACGAUAUUUCCAGAUAAAGGGCAUUCCUGGCGCCCCCCAUCACUCUCCUCGGGCAGCUGUCGGCUCCACUUACCCCCUAAGCCCCACAGGAGGCCCAGAGCAGCUUUCCCAUUCCGUCCUGGCCCAGGGGCCAAGGCGGAUUUAGCCAGGGUGAGGCGGGGUACGGGGCAGGCAGGGGAUGUUCUGGGAGGUGAGGACAGGCGAGAUGGGAACAGCAGCUGGUCGUAAUCCCACUGGGCCUCCUUCAGGACCAGCCCCACAGGGCCUCUUGCCAGGUUUUUAUUCUUAGGGGGCACCUCCUAGAACUCGCGCUGCCCUGUCCUGGGGUCAUGGGGACAAGCUCAGCGCAGUCAUGCACCGGGUGGCCCCUGGUGCAGGGCAGACCUGGGGGGCGUGGGUCCCUGGGUCCUGGUACCAGGACUCUGGGGACACGAGGCCCAGAGCCUCAGUCAAUCUGCCCACGGGACACUUAGCCACACCUGUACCCCAGCGCAAGGGGGGCAGUGGGCAGGGUCCUUUCCCAAAGCCCCUCAGGGCCCGGCCUGCGGGCGAGGUGGCCGGCCACCCCUCCUUUACACACCUCUCGCCCAGGAGCCCCGAGGGGUGGGAGGGAGAAGGUCACCAUGGAAGACGCCCUGUCUUCUCUGGGGCUGGAGAGGGGCACAGGAAGGAAUCGGGUAACCAUGGGCUUGUUUCCUUAAAUGGGAAAAAGCCCCAGCAGCGGCGGGAAGCCUGUCUGGUUGCCGGGCCUCCUGAAGCCAGACAGGGGAUCUGGAGGGUCCCCUGAAACCAGGGAGGAGAGCAGGGAGGGGCAGCAGGAGGCAGCACUCGGGGCUAGUGGGGGACCCCAGGGCAAGGGUGAGAUCGUUCAAGCUCCGAGCCAGCCCCUGACACCCUGGGAGCAUGGAGUUCCUGAGCAAACUAGAAACGGCCUGGCGAUGGGGCGGGUCAGCCGUGUGGCCCGCCGACCUCGCCCUUGCCACCCCAGGGUCAGGGGCCAGCAGGAAGGGAGGUUUCUGUCCUCCGCCAACAGAACCAAUGGCGUCUCCAAGGAUGUGGCGUGACUGGGGGCCCAUGGGGCAGGGGCUGUGGGUUCGCAGCCGGGUGUGUGGCGCCCACUUCCGGCACCGCCUCCCAGGUCUGGACAAUCUCAUGCGGGGUUAGACACCCCAUGAACCUUCCCACACUAUGGCUGUCCGACCCCCGUGGGCCCCUGCCUUGGGAGCUCCGCCACACCAUGGCCAGGCAAGGGAGCUCAGCCCAGACCCACAUGCCACGCCCAGCAGAGACACAGGACGUGGCAAGCCACGGAGUGGGGGUGACUGACAGCCAUAAGGACAAAGACUGGGCUGGCACUCGGGACCGGGACACUCGUGGGUAGAGAGCAGAGCCUGACAUUGAGGGUUGGGGCUCCUGGGAGCAGGGCCCUCCGGCACCUCCCUGACUGGCGUUAGCGCUCCCACACUUCACACAAGGAAAGAUGAGCCGACAGCCCAGGGCCUCACAAGCUUGAGGGGAGACCAGGACCUGGCUCCAGGAGCCCCUCUUUGCAAAGCCUCUGGGCCUCUUCUGUGCCUCAACACGCUGUUGGCAAGGGGACCCUGCCCACAGUGGGUGGCCGUUGUCUGCCUGCUGUUAGGAGCUGGGGGGGCAGGAACCAGUGCCCAGGGGCCCCGGGGAGCCCUGCACGGCCCCCUGAACACAGGGAGGGCCCCUCACGUGCAGGGUCUCCAUGUCCUGCCGUCAGAUGGUGUUGCGGCCUCGGAGAGCAGGGCGGCCCUGGGAGGGCACAGUGGAGGGAACCCCAAGGGGUGGCUGAGGCCCGGAGCACAUGGCUCCAGCAGUGGUGGGUGCCUUUACAGAAGGCCCUUGCUCCUGGCCUGGCUGGCAUCCCCACCCAGCCAGCGUGUGUUCCGGAGGCCUCUGAUCUGGCCUUGAAUGAGCACCCCUGCUUGUGGGUCCUCCUCGGUGCCCCUCCAUGUCCUGGGGGGCUUAUCAUCUAGACUCCCCCCAGAUGGCCCUGAGCUGGGUGCUUCCAGGCUGUCACGCCAACAGUGCUCAGAGCACGUUCUCGGUGGCGCACUGGGCCCAGGGUCACCUGGGACCUCCCAGGCCGGCUGCUGGGGGUAGGGACCAGCUGGAAGGAGGGAGCCCCACCGUUAUCAGUCAGGGCUGGCUCCCAGUUGAGAGAAGCCUGAGGGGCCACCCCAGCUCUGAGUGCUGGGGGCCGCACCUGACCCUGCCCACCGUCUGCACCUCCAGGCCCACUCUCCAAGGCUGUCCAGUGGGAAGGGGCUGCCCCGCCUCCUCACUGGGCUGAGGCUGCCCGGCCGACCAGGCACACUUCCUGGUGAACGAGGCCACGGUAGGCGUGUGGGGUUCCGGGGGGCCAGGAGCGAGGCAGGAGCCCCAGAGCCACCCGUCCCUCAGGGCUCCCCGCACUAACUUGCUCACACAGGCGUGUGUGUGCACGCAUGUGUGCACACGUGUGCACGCGCGCACCGGCAGGAAACACCGGCGUCUUCAGCGCCGGGCUCGCGCGGCCCCCUCUGGCAGCGGACGUGGGGUUUUAUUAGUGCUACAAAUCAGAUAUCACACAGUUGGGGGCUGACAUGGUUUUUAUAAGAAUUAUUUAGGGCCCUGGCCGCCGGUGAAGUCCCAGGGAGAACCUGCUGGGGAACAUCCAGCUGCUUGGGCCGUCGGAAUUCCCAACACUUCGUAAAGCGAAGGUAUGAAAGGCCAGCACCUUGUUCUGUUUAAGGGGGCGCGUCCCCCCUGCCCUGGGCCCACUGCAAAGGCUUCUGGGAGGCACCUCCCCCGCGGCAGGGAGUGAAGGCCUGCAGCGGCCAGCGGAAGGGGCUGGGGGCCCCGCGAACACCCACCGGGGGGCACUGAGCCCCCUCGGUGUUCUCCCCAGCUCCCAUGGAGGAUUUUCGAGCUUCCCCUCCCUGGCGGGCAGUGGGCGCAGGCCCGCCGGCAGACGCCGUCCGGCUCGCUCCGCACCAGCCACCCCCGGCCUAUCCCUGGUGUCUGCCGCUCAGCCGCCGGGACACCAGCUCAGGGGUAGGGGGAUGGUCUUUGGGCCGCCCUCAGCACCGUAGGUAAUGUCACAGGACCCAGAUAGCUGUGCGGGGUCAAGGUGCCCCCGGCGCCUGGUGGAGCCUGCUAGCAGCCAUCUCCCAGGCUCCUGCUUCGGGAGGAGUGAGCACAGCACAGCCCAGCCUCCAGCCCCCAGACUCCCGUCCCUCCCUCCAUCCCUCAGUUCAGAGUUCAGAGUCAGGCUCGCAGGGAACCCUCCUUGCUGGGCUCCCCCUCCCUCCAUCCCUCAGUUCAGAGUUCAGAGUCAGGCUCGCCGGGAACCCUCCUUGCUGGGCUCCGCUGAACUCCAUGCUGGGGAGCUGUGGGGCGGGGGCUGGGUGGGAGAGCUUUCCUGUCACGUGUCUCUCAGGGACAGGGGGUGGCAGAGAUCCUGGUGUGUGUGUGGGGGCGGUUGGGAUGAAAUGCCCGCAUGGUCCCGGGGGGGUGGGGGACACCACGGAGAUGAAGGCCAGGGCCGGGACUCUGCACAGGGAAGGCCUUGAACAUAGCCAUGGGGCAUGGGGGGCAGAGCCUGGGACUCCCCCUACAGAGCCCGGGCCCAGGCAGGGAGCGCACAGACGUGCGGGCAGAGGCCUGGGGUCUCCCUCCCCCACCCACCCCUCCCCCGGCCCGGUCCUUGAGCGGGAAGGGAAGCAAGGGAAGCAGCGGCCGGCCUCUCCUCAUAACGUCAGGGCUCCAGCAUCCAUCCGAGGAGGCCGGGGCCAAUCAAAGCCAGAUGUGGGGGCAACACAAAAAUGCUGAUGAUUUUGACUAGGAAAAGCCCUAUUUACCGAGAAAUAAUGAAGUGAUUUGGGGGAUUGUGCUGGGAUGACCUCAGUUGGGAAGGAGCAAACGCAGAUGCUGAACCGGUCUCCCAGUGCUGGGGUUCCCGCCGGUGGGCGGGCAGUGGCUGCUGCUCCCUCUGGGCUGAGCCGGUGGAAGGAGGCCUCGCCCCUUAGCCCCCCAAGCCAUGCAGCCCCCGGGGCUGGCAAUGGCCAGAAGAGGGCGCUCCCUGCAGUGUGGCUUGGGGUCGCCCCCGGAGGGAGGGUGUCCUGGCGUGGUGGGGCAGUGGGGAGAGGAGGGCUCCUUCUUUGCCCCGAAGGGACUUAGAGUCACCUGCACACAGGUGACCGGGGCUUGGCCCGGGGCCCCCUGGACAUGUGGGGAGCAGCCCACACUGUACCAGCCGCCCCACACCUGGGCAAACAAGGAUUCCGGAGCGUGAGGGCGGGGUGGUGUGCGAGGGGAGGGGUGCCCCAGGUGCAGCCACAUGGGGCCUGGGGUCCCUGGGGCCAAAACCCCUCCCUGUGCCAGCCUUGCUGGAGGGAGGCUCCCCACUCCCACACCCGGGCUCCGGCCCCGCUGGCAGAGCCCAGGCCUCGGUGGCGGGGACAGCCGCACACAUGGCCCAGUUCUGCACAGCGUCCACAGACGUUUAGGGACAGAGAAGCGUCUGGCUCGCCUGGGACACUCCGGGAAGAGCGGUCAGUCCUCCCCCGGGGGACACAGACACGCAUGUCCCCCAAAUCGUGGACCCAGAGCGGGAAGCAACCCCAGUGUCUGCCACAGAGAGUGGACCCAUCCACGUGGACACACACCACGGAGCAUUACGUGGCCAUCCACAGCACAUCCUGAGACGUGCCACAGCACGACGGACCCGGGGACACCAAGCCGACCGCCGAGCCCGCGUGGGGCGGGUCCUGUGUGUGCAGCGCCGGAGAGACGGAGAGCAGAGCUGAGGCUGACAGGGGCGGGGCGGGGUGGGGGUGGCCACAGGCUGCUUUCUGGACGACACAAACAUGUUUUUUAAAACGGAUCACAGGGAUAGAGACACAGCUCUGUGAAUGUGCUCAGACACCUCACGACACUUGCAGGGGCGGGUGGUGGGGUAUGCAAGCUAUGUCUCCAGAAAGCCGUGUGAAGAUAGCAGAGGACGUGCGAGCCUUGCCCUGCAUGCCGGGAGGGAGGCCCGGGUCAGGCAAGAGAGCGGGGGCCCUGGGCCGCCGCUCCCCACCCAGCACCCACCCACGCCUCACCCAGCCCCCAGCCCCCGGGCCGGGACACGGGCCGUCACGUCUGCCUCGGCGGGCUCACGGGGCUGGCCGUUCCCCAGUUAUGCUCCUGCACAGACUAGCAGAAUUUAGGGUCACAUGAAAGCCAGGAAGUGGGGGGAGCCUGGUCACUCCAGACGUGCCUUCCAGGAGGCCCUGGGGCAGGGUGGGGGGUGAGGCAAGAGGAAGUGUGGCGUCCCUGGGCCUGGAUCCUCUGCUUGGGGUGGGGGCCCAUGGGGAGGGGUGCACACGGGGGCCAGAAGGUGGGGAGCCCACCCAAAGGGGGGUCUGGGCCCUGGAAAGCUGUAUGGGCACUUUCCCAGCAGAGGGCCCCGUGGCCUGGUGUGUGGGUGGCGUGGGGACCCUGCCCCAGCUCCCCGCUGUUAUCUGGAGUCAGAGACUUAAGCCCUGUGUUAGGAGCUGGGGAGACAGCGUGGCGCAGCCCCGGGGGAGGACUCGUCGGCCCUAGAAGAGGAAAACCAGCCGCUGAUGGAGAGACUGCGGCCAGAUGGUGUCCGCUCCGUCCUGAUGGCCCUGGGAGGCUGGGCCUCACCUGCAGCUGCUGGGCCGAGGGGCGGAGGGGGGUCUGGUAUGCGUUCCCGGGGGCCUGGGCACCCACCCGGCUGCAGCCAUACCUCAUCCGCACACACCGGGAACUGGGCAGAGCACGCGCCAGGCCCCAGGGCCCUUCCCGGCCCCAGCCCCCCUCAGCCUGCCCUGCCGGCCUCUGCCCGCUAUAACCUGGCGUCCCUGGGUCUCUCACUCCCUCUUGCAAAGUAAACAGACCUCCCACAUGGCAACACAUGAACAUCCCAGAAGAUGGGGGGCUCGUGGGGGUGGGGGAAGCACUGGGGCCCUCACUCUCUCCCUCGGCCCAGGGACUUCCCCCACAACCUGGGGCCCUGCCUGCUCCUCACGGGACCGACCCGACAGGAAGGAGCACCCAGGCCCAUGGAGGUGUCCAGCCAAGGAGGGCCUGCUGGCCGCUCGUUUGCAGUGUGAGAGACACCCCACUCUAAUCCCCAAGCAGAGACCUGGAGCUCGUCUUCCGCUGUGCAGAAGGGACACUGAGUCACGGCCAGGACACCCAAGGGGCUAUUGUCACAGGCCAUCUCCCUCCUCAGCCUCCAGCCAGGGAGCAGCCUGGAGGGGGAGGGGUGUCCAGCCAGCUCCUCCCGGAGGCUCUGAGCCUGGGGGUGGGGUGGAGCAGCCCCCAGCUGCAGGCCCACUUCCUGGAUUCCUGAGGACCUGCAAGGCAACCCCCACCGCUGCCCUCCCCUCCACCCUCAUUCCCAUGGGCCUGUCAUGGGGCCCCAGGCAGGGAGGGGGCUCUGCCGGCCUGGAGCAAGGCGGGGAGUGUGCAGGGGAGACCAAGGACACAGCUGCUCUCCGGCCCCUUCUUCCUCCCCCGGCAGAAAGACGACCGUGCCUCUGGGGGUGGAGCGGGUGGGGGGACACGGGGGUCUCGGGGAGGCUGCAGAGCGGGGCGCCAAUGGGGAGGCCAGCUGGUGGAGGCGCUGGGCCGUGUGUGGGGUGUGCAUGGCGGCCCGCGCUGGACGUGCUCAGAUGAACGAUGGGAUUCCUCUCCCAGCCUUGAGUUGGGGUCCUCAGGGCUGUGGGGCCCCAUGAAUUAUUUCUCUAAGGAGAAUACCGUUGACUCUGCUCUCCGGGCGCCUUCCGGACCUUCCCCAUCACUUUAAAUCAACGCUGAAAGGCGGCGUUUGCCCGGACCUUCACCCUCCAAGUGGAGGGAGCCGUGAGGCCCACGUGACGCCGCCGUCCCCGGUCUGGGUGUCCCUCAGGGCGGAGGGGGUUGCAGAGCGGGCCCCCACUUCCUGCUGCCCCGGCAAGGCCCCCGAGGAGGGAAGCAGCAGGGCUCUCCUCGGGUCAUAGCAGCACCAGAGGAUGCGGCUCCUGGGGGCUGGGGGCAACCGCGUCCUAGCUCAGGGGCCGUGUGGCCCACCAGGCUCAGAACCCCGGUGCUUUCUGGCUUGCUCCCAAGUCCCUAGGCCCAGCCGGUCUGCAUGAAACCUGCACACAGACACACUCACGCCGGCAGUCCCAGCUCCGGCGGCCCCAUUCCCGCCACGCGUGCUCAGCGCACAGCACCCAGGGCUCACGGAGCACGACCACAGGGGCCUGUGGCACACAGAGCCACUGGCCAGCUUGGCCGCUGGCACAUCUCACAGCCACAGCCCCUCGACGCACGCCCUGUGGGUCCUUCUAGACUGUCCACCCCAGGGUGCCGACGGCCACUGCCCAUGCUGUCCCGUCCCCGGGGCCUUCAAGCAGGUGGUCCUUUCCACCUCGCCCCCCGUUUCCCGCCUCCUGUUAGGUUGGUCUGCUGAACACCGCUUCCUCUGGGUCCUGCCUCGGACCCCUCCGUGCUCGAGAGCCACCGGCGGUGCCCCCAGUCACUCAGUGGGACCGGCCCCUGCCCGUGGCGUUUGCCCUGCCCCUCCUCACAGGCUGCACAGGCGACUUCCUCACGAGACCCUGCUGGUGCCCCCUGCCCCGCC